ACCCGUGGAGUGGAGGAGAUACAGGGCAUGAAUUCAGGGCUGCUGGAAUCAGUGUGGGAGCUGACAGACACUACAGGGCUGCGUCUGGUGAGCCAUGAAAGCAUACGCCAUGUUUGGGCAGUGCAGCAGAAGCACCUGGAGUGCCUCCAAGACCCUGCAGGUGUUGCACUGUACACGAAGGUGGGGACACUCCAGAAGGGCGGCAAAGAGCUGGACAUCCUAAGGAGUGGUAGGGGGUCCUCCUCCCUGGAGAGUUUUCACCGACACCAGUGUGCUUUUAUUCCAGGCUGGCGGUGCAAUGCUGUACAUACACAAAUGUACAUGCUGGAGGGAGUAUCGAGAUGGAACAUGGGCCGGGCCAAGGAGGCAGUAGAUGUGGAGGGGGCCUCAACCCUCAGAAGCUUCGAUGUCCGCUUGAUGUCCCACCUCAGCAACUUAAGCCAGCGCGUUCUUGGUUCCACUCUGGUGCCAGAGUUCACUCCACCCGGGAAACCUACUAGCGAGCGCAUAGCAGUGGAGUAUUUAUUGGCCCAGACCAACAGAGGUGACCUGCUGGCUCCAAAUCAGGUCCCUGAGGUCCCCUCGCAGGUACUUGAGGAGGAGGAUGAGCCAGAUGACACCAUCAGCAUGACUGACAUUCUGUGCCAGUCAGCUGUGAUAGGGGCUGGUGAUCCUCCAGGUGCUGUGGUGGGUGACGCUGAACCCGGACCCCUCGUCACACAGGUGCUUGAGGCGGAGGAGGAGCCAGAUGACACCAUCAGCAUGACUGAUCACACAGGUGAUCCUCCAGGUGCUGUGGAGGGUGACGAUCAACCCGGACCCCUCGUCACAGAGACCAGCCAAUGUGACUCAAGGAGCGUUGUGGGAUGGGAUGCGGUUGAUAACCUGGCAGGCUACCUAGUUGGCUUGAAUCGCACCAUCACUGCCUUGUCAUUGAAGGAGGAGGUGGACAUAGUCCAGCUAUAUACAGCUCUCCAUGUCAUGGACAAGAAGCAUUCGAGCUACACCCAGAAGGCUAGGAAGAAAGGAAAGGCAUCAGGAGGACCGUGGAGAGCACCGAGGAGGCCAAGUGGCUCUGCUCCUGGACAGCAGGCGGCAGAGAGACUAUACAUGACUCACGGCCAAGCAGCCCAGGAUCCCGAACACCACAGGGUCAGUGAGUGUGUCUGCCUCAGACUCCCUUUUGGAGUUCCAGGAGCCUGAGAACCAUGAGGGUGAGGCAAAAAUCCGCCAGCGAUAUAGUUCCAGGACACCUGUACCAUGUGCCAUUCCACACACAGGUGGGGGAGCUAUUACCAAGCACAAUGCUGCUUCCUCUGGAAACAGCUGUAUGGAGAGCUGGUCCUCUACCUACCAGCCACCCCCAACAAACUACCAGAGCUGGACUUCUUUUCUUCAGGCACCCCCGGAACACUCCCAGGAGUACUCCUCUGCCCAUCAGCUACCCCCAGCUCACACUCAAGGCUGGUCCACUUACCAGGCACCCCUUGCACACUCCCAUGUUUGGUCUUCCACCCAACCACCACCCUCAGCGUCCAACCAGGGCUGGUCUGCCACCCACCCACCACCCUCAGCAUCCUCCCAGGGCUGGUCUGCCACCCAAUCGCCACCCUCAGCAUCCUCCCAGGGCUGGCCUUCCACCCACCCACCACC